AUGCCAUCAGAUCUCUUGUUCAUAUUGUAUUUUAAGGCGACAGUUGGUAAAUGCAUUGCACCAAAGCCGGGGAUGUUUGGCAUGGUUGGCAAAUACAAAUGGAAUGCCUGGAAUGACCUGGGUAAUAUGUCCCAGGAUAAGGCACAGAAGCAAUACAUACAACUGAUAGACUCCCUGGCUGGGACUGAACCUCAGUCAAGCACCCACUCCCAGUCAAGGGCAGACAAUAAGUACCAGACCCUGCUCGUCACAAAUACAUUAGGAGUAUUCAGCAUCACGCUCAACAGACCAGCCAAGAAAAAUGCCUUAAAUAUUCAGGAAACAUACACAUUUAUGUAUGAAGAACUCAUAGCUGCCCUGAAGGAAGCUAGUGAGGACAAGUCGGUUGUCAUAGCAACUCUAACAGGUGCUGGCGACUACUUCUGCAGUGGCAAUUACCUCAGUAACUUCAUGAACAUUGACCCCAAGAACAUAGAAGUCAUGCCUGUGAAAGCGGGUUAUUUAUUAGAGCGUUUUGUAUCCGCAUUUAUAGACUUCCCGAAGCCUCUGAUUGCCUUGAUUAAUGGCCCAGCAGUGGGUGGGUCAGUCACGGUACUGGGACUCUUUGAUGCAGUGUACGCAAGUGAUCGGGCAACGUUCCGCACACCAUUCUCCCAGCUGGGCCUGACGCCUGAGUGUUGCUCCUUAUACGUGUUCCUGCGGCUGAUGCGCCCCGCUAAGGCCAACGAGAUGCUUCUGUUUAAUAAGAAGAUCUCCGCCGCAGAGGCCUUCAACAGGAACCUUGUCACCUCUGUGACACCUGACGAUGUGUUCGCUAAGGAAACUCGAGCAAAGAUCGACGCCAUUUCCAAGCUGCCCAGGGAGAGCAUGUGCUACUCCAAGGUGUUGAUCAGAAACGCGGAAAAGGCCACACUCCACUCUGUGAACAAGGAAGAAUGCCGUGUUCUGAUUGGUUGUUGGCAGUCCCAGGAAUUCAUGAACGCCAUUAUGAGCUUCUUCUCCAGUAAAACGGCCAAGUUAUAG